UGUCCGUUGUCCCACCAUGAAGGAUGAAACGAAGGAAGGCACGAAACAAGUAUGCCUGCUAAAACUAAUAUUAUUAGUAACAAAACAAAUAGUAUUUCACUUUUAAAUAUACUUUUGCUAAUCAAAUCAAUGGAAAUUGGAAACUGCAACUAGAAUAAAUGAAAAAUGAAAAAAGAAAGUCAAAUUCAAAUUCAAUAACAACGUCAAGCCAAGCAGUCGACGGCGUAACCCAAACACAAAAGAUUCGUCGGUCUUCUGCAAGAAAUAUGGCGCGAUAAUUGGAAUAAUUUAAAUACUGAUGUGGCAGAACGGAAAGAAAAUUUGACCAAAUACAAGAUAAUUGACUGGAGCUCGUAUUUUUAAUUGAGUAAUCUAAAACCGUAAAACGUAAUAAACUGUUAAAUCUAGCAUUUACACGUAUUUCGUGGAUUUCGUUAUUAAAACCGUUAAGUGCGUGUGCGUCGACCAUGCAGCGCACCAUGGCAACCCACAGUGAAAACAAAUCGUUUGAUGAAACCAAAACGUAGACUAGCACUAGAGGACAAAACCUCACAUUAAUCAUUAUCAUAAAUCUGCUGUUAUCGAAAAUCAUGCCGUAUUGGCAAGAAAAUGAAAUUCGGUUCGAUGUGAGUUCAAGUUAUUUGGCUACGGUUACUGGCGAAUCAGUUCUUGAACGAGUAGAACCAGUUGAAGACACAAAAGCAAACAGCGGUGAAGCUGGCUGUUUAAUUAUGACAAAUUUGAGGUUGUUGUGGUUUUCCAAUAAAACUGCUAAGCUCAAUUUGACAAUUGGAUACAACACUUUAGUUACAAUUACUUCUCAGUCAGCAAAGAACAAAAAACUGAAUUCAACUGAUGCAUUGUAUCUGUUGGCCAAAGUAGGAAAUGGAAGGUUCGAAUUCUUAUUCACACCUUUACUGGAGAAUAAAACGAAUUAUUCUGUCAUUCUAAACGAAAUCCAUAAGAGUUAUGUUGCAUCAAAGCCGUUUCGUGAACUGCGACUGCGACACCAUAUUAUUCACGCUAAUCAGUUGAAAGUAAUGCCGCUUGAACAUAUAUGUAACAGGGUCGAGGGAGUCUGGAAUUUAGCCAACAACCAAGGAAAUUUGGGUUGUUUCAUCAUUACAAAUGUUCGAGUCGUUUGGUUCGCUACUUUGAAUGAAUAUUUUAACAUUUCUCUUCCUUACUUACAAAUCGCACAGUUUAGCCUACGAGACUCAAAAUUUGGCAAAGUUCUGGUAAUAGAAUCAACGGAGAAUAACGGAGGACGAUACCUUCUGGGUUUUCGCAUAGAUCCAGCAAGUCGACUCAAACAAAUCUUCCAAGAAAUUCAAUCAUUGCAUCUCACACAGAUACGGAAUCCCGAACUUGGCGUUUCUUGGAAUUCCAUUUCAACGCGUCAAACAGAUGCCUUAGGACCAGUUCAAGACGAGAAGGAAGACGAAGGUGUACGGUGUUUUACUAAUUAUUUACAGACUGACUAUAUGGAUUCAGUUUCUUGUGGUCAUCCACCUGAAUUCGAUAGAACUAUCGGCCUAGCAAUGGAGAAGCUACCGAGCGGAGUCAAUCGUAACACACUUUGGCAAAUAAUUUUUUAAAAAUGCAGGGAAAUUCUAAAAAUAUAAUUAAUGCAACUAUCCCCGUAUCCCGUCCGCAGAUAACACUAUUUGCUUGAUUCAAUUUAUAUGGUUUACGUUGAUUUGGAUCAUAAAUAAAAUAUUUAAAAACUGUAGUUCAUCUUUUAUCUUGUUGAAAUAGUAAAAUGCGCUAAAGAAAUAAAGAGUUUUACUAAAUAACUAGAUUCCUCCAUAUCAAUAGGCUGCAAGAUUUGAAAACGCAGUUUAUUAAUAAGGUACCGAUAAAUAAAACCAUAGUAUAGCUUAAACCACGAUAGUAAUAAAUAGCUGUUCUGUUUGUAGUAAUAACAGGAGGAUUUUAAGUUGAACAGGAAAAAUUGCAAAGGCCCACAGAAUUUAAGGAAGUAUUUCGUUGAUUAAUUUUUGCCAAGUUUUCGGAAUUUUCAAAAUAUCACAGAAGUAAUUGAUUCAAGUACUCAUACUAAGAAUUUCGAAGUCAGGCAUAUGACCUUCCCCAUCAAAAUGUGACAUUACGUGAUCAACGAAUUCGUCUUGAGAUA